ACCCUCCGGUGGUGGAGGUUAUCUGUGAGGGGGAAGGGCGAUGGUGUGAUUCCAAACUUAGACAGUGGUUUGACCCGCCAACCUGUCGGGCCAUUAAAGCUAUUCCCCUACCAUGUCAGGAUGUGCCAGAUAGACUAAUCUGGAAUGACACAGCGGAUGGGGUCUUCGCUGUUAAGUCGCCUAUCACCUCGCUGUCCUAUUGGAUAAGAGGAGAGGUCGAUGGAGAUCUAUGGCGAGUUGGAUGGACAGGACCAGCUGGAUUCGUUUGUGGGAGGCAAAUAUCCCUCCUCAGUUAAAGGUGUUUGUUUGACAAAUUUGUAACCAGAUUCUACCAACUACGAAGGCCCUAAUUGAGAAGGGUGUCCCAGUGCUUCCUCGCUCUCCGUUAUAUUGGGCAGAGGCUGAAACAAUGGAACACUUGUUUCUUUACUGCCUAGUGGCCCGCGCUCUAUGGGACUAUUCGGGGCUGGAAUAUCUUGGCCAAGGGUUGCCUCGUCACACUUUCCCGCUUUUUUUUCUCAAAAAGUUGAUGUCUCUAAUUCAUCAACCACCUUUGUUUAUGGAGGUUGUUGCUGUCCUUUGGAGGAUUUGGCGAUCUCGUAACUUUGUGGUCUUUGAGGGAAAGCAGUUUGGGAUCCCUGCCUUGAUGCGUCAGUUUCACUAGCAGGUUGAGGAAUGGAUUCGUUUGCCGGUGGACCAGGUACUCCAACCUUCCGCCCUUGCGCCACAUCACUUGAGUCCUGGGGGACUGGUUUGGUGGUGUGUAUGUGGGACGGGGCCACCCGGAGUGGGUCUCACGCGGCAGGAGGAAUGGUGCUAAUAACCCCGGCUAAGGUGAUUCUUUUAGCUAAAGGGGUUCAAUUUCAUAGUAUUGAUGACCCAAUGGUGGUGGAAUUGCUUCUCAUGCAGGAGGCUAUUGGUUGGUGUCUAGGGCGGGGCUUCACGGAAGUUACCUUUGAGGGUGAUGCCAAGGUCAUCAUAGAAAAUGUCAAUCAGGCGGAGACUAGAGAUAACCGGAUGGGAGCCAUGUUGGAGGAAAUUGUGCAUUCUUUGGUCUUUCACUCUAGGUCUCGUGUGCGAUUUGUAGGUCGGCGUAACAAUAGGGUAGCCCACUUGGUGGCUAGAAAGGCCCUUUCAUUGUCUCCGACUAUGAGUUGUUUAUUUGGUUUCCAGGAGUGGCUGAAUUCCAAGAUGUAACUAUCUGUUUUGUGAAUCAAUAUAUGAUUCUCUUUUGUUAAAAAAAACCCCUUCUUUGAUCUUCCAACAAGAGUCAAGAUAUGGGUAACCCUAUGAAGUGGAAGCUUGGCUGAGUAUAUUGAAAGAGACAAAUCAGGAUGGAUCAGAUACCUUAUGAUUAGUGUCUUCUAAUUCUUCCUUCCUUUAGUCCCCACCAGACUCGAAAUAUGGCCAUGAAUCAUCUUAUCAAGUAUACCUUAUGGAAUCUAAAAUAUCAUCAUAAGAUAUGAAUUGUGCUUGGACCACGAUUUUAAUCAAAACCUCCUUCUUAGCUUCUGACAUGGUCUUCACCUUCCAAUUUAUGAGUUUACGUUUGACUCCUUCCUUAGCUUUGAUAACAUUCUUUGACCUUCCAACAAGAGUGGGUAGGCCGAGGUACUUCUCAUGUUUGUCCACUUCUCUUAUACCAAGAAUUCCACUUAACUCUUGUCUUCAAUCUCCUAACACUUUUUUGCUAAAAGGCAGCUCAGAUUUAGACAAGUUCAUCUGCUGCCCCGAUUCCUCCUCAUAUAUUCUUAGAAUUUUCUUUAGUUUUGCACCCUUUUCUUUUGAUGGCUGAGCAAAAAUGAAAUUUUCUUCCACAAAAAUAAGGUUGGAAACUUGGCCACCCCUAUCGUUUAUCUUAAUUCCAUGAAAUUCUCCCUUAUCUCUAUUGUUAUAGUAAAAUUGAGAAUCUCUUAUCACAUAGUAAAAAUAUAUAGGGUGAUAAAACGUCACCCUUCCUGAGUCCUCUAAAGGGGUAAAUUCCAUUGAAUAAAACCGAGUGAGAGAGUGUCAAUAUAAACAUUAUCAUAAGUCUUAUCCAUCUCUCAUGGAAGCACAUUUUCCUAAUUCGCCUUUCUAAACACCUUCAUUCCACCUUGUCAUAGGCUUUCAAUAGGGAUUUAUACUAGAAUAUUGUGUAUAAGAAAAAUUAUCUAAAAUACCCCAGUUGAAAACAUAUUUCCCAAUCUACUGUCGAUUAAGACUAAUUAGGACUCGGGUUUUAUAAUGAGAAAAAUACAAGUUCAAUCUACUAAUAAAAUAUUCACCAAAGAAGAAACAAAGACUGAUAUACACAAACCUUACAUUAGUCAUAAUCUCUAAUUGGUUGCGCAAUCCAAAUGCAUGAACUUUGUUCACAGUGGUGGAUGGUAUUUGUAGGAGAUGAAACUUAAUAAUGGUGGAAGAAGAUGUGACAAUUCAUUAGCAAAAUCACAUCCUAUUUAUAGGCACACUCAAAUGCCUGUUUUCCUCAAAGUUGCCCGUUAGAACCAUUUUCUUGUUUGGUUGCCUGUUAGAAAAUUCUCGUUGGCGUGAAUACACAAAAAAUGUACGUUGGAAUGCGAAUUAGGUCACGAAUAAGCCCAAUUAAGGCGUGAGGGCCCAAUUUCGGAUUAUUCCCGCUCCAAUUCGCUUUUGCAACGAAAACCACCCAAUUAAGACGCGCAUCUAAACUUGACAUUCUCGUUUCAUUAAAACUCAAUUAGUCUUUCACGACAUGAGAUUGGGAAAUAUUUUUCCAACUAUAGUAUUUGGGUGUUUUUUAAUACACAAUAUUUAUGUAC